AUGGGACAAUCCCACCAGCUGCCCCUAGUGGGGCUCCUCUUGUUUUCUCUUAUUCCAAGGCAACAAUGCGAGAUCUGCAAGGUAAGCAAAGAGAACAAAACUGCUCUAAAACCUCUGAUACAUACAAUGAUCAAUUCAAAUUAUACCAAAGGAAUCCAAGCUGCCAAAGUCCUGCUGUCCCUCCGACUUGGUGGGUUCCUGAACCAAAACCAAGAUCAACAUCUGAUGGAACAAUUCAUUCUCACUGUGAGAAGUACAGAGCCAUCUUUAACCUCGGGACAGCUUACGUUGGCUAUACUGGCUUUGGGAGCAUGUAAAGGGCCUGAUGGAAUUUCUAUAAAUUAUUCUGAACUCGUCGGAGACCUAGAAAAUAAAUUCCAAGCAGAAAUUAAAAAUAUGGAAGACCAUGAUGGUAAUCCACUGACUAGCUACUACCAGCUCAGCCUGGAUGUUUUGGCCUUGUGUCUGUUCAGUGGGAAUUACUCAAUUCCUAAAGUUGCUGAAAUCUUCAAACCUGGAAAUAAAAAUUACUAUUUCCAUGAACAGUUCUCAGUAGAUACUGGCGCGAUGGUUGUCCUGGCUCUGAUCUGUGUGAGGAGCAAAACAAGAGGGCAGAACCAAAUAGAUACAAAGGAUUUAAACAAUAUUGAUAAUCAUAUAAAGUUACUGAUAAGGAAGAUUCUAUCUCAGAAAACAGAAAAUGGUCUCCUUGGAAACAUAUAUAGUACAGGAGAAGCUAUGCAGGCUCUCUUUGUCUCAUCAAACUAUUACAACAAAAGUCAAUGGGUUUGCCAAAAAACACGGGAUACAGUGCUCACAGAAAUUUCUCAAGGAGCAUUUCGUAUGCCAACUGCUGCAGCUCAGAUCUUACCAGCCCUGAUGGGAAAGACCUACUUGGAUGUUAAUAAAGACUCUUCUUGUGUCUAUGGCUCAGGGAUGAAAAAAUACUUGACUUUUAUCUCUGUGGCAGAUGGUUCUGUCUUCCUAGAUGUGAUGGAACAAGCUCAGAAAGAAAAUGCAACUCUAUUUAGUUUCACAGCAGAGGAGACCUCAUGGGGCCCCUACAUCACCACUGUUCGGGGCAUAAAGGCCAACACUAAUGAUACCUACUGGGAGCUCCUGAGCAAUGGCGAACACCUGAGCAAAGGAGCUGGUAGUUAUGUCGUCCAUGCUGGAGAUGAUCUGGAGGUUCGUUGGAGCACAUACUAA